AAGCGAUCGUGUUUUGUCGGAUGCUUUAUAGGCUGAUCUUACCCAAAAAGUCGCACAGCCUCCAACACUCAGUCUCUAGUCACAUCUAGCAAGAACGCGGGUCGCCCGGUUGCCAUGGAAACUCCCGGGCGGUUGACGCGUCGUUCGGCCGCGGCCCCGCGACCGUUCCCCGCUACGCCGGCGCGCCGUCCGGCUCUCACGCCCAUGCAGAUCGAGUUGAUGCAGAAUCUAAAGUGUCGGCUGGCGCCACCUGCCAACGGGGCGGACAACGGCGGCGGCCCCAGCAAGGAGAACUGCAAUCCGAAAGUCAGCCCCACGCUGGAAAAGCUACGAAACACGCCGGCUGUUGUGCGAACGAAGAGAGAAGUUCUCCUGAAGAAGCACUCUGUGGCCCGUGAGAGGACCGACUCACUCUGCGUUGGCGGGGGUGUCAGCAUCUGGCCUGAGAUGGACGCCAUGAGGCUCACGCGCUAUGAGGCGCUGCAGCUCGCAGUCGGUAGCGUCAGUCUAGCCCUUGUCACGUACAAGUUAUUCUUCUGGCUGCAUGGGCAAGCGCUGGCCAGUCUUCAGCACUAUCUUAGCGUCGUCAGAGGAUUUCACGAGCAGCAUGAGAUUUCGACGAUCGACGAUGCUGACUUCUCCACUAGCGUCCUGGCCUGGCACGAGGACUACCGGAAACUUCUGCGGGAGAUAUCUACGCGCUUUCACGUCAGCCUGCUCGACAGCGAAACAAACUACAAGCUGUGCGCCAUGUUGUACGUGGUUGGCAUAGCAACACUUCUCUUCUACCUUACCGAUAGCAUGGUUGCUAAGAGCAAGCUCACUCCUCGCAGAAUCAAGAAAUGGGUGUGUCUGCUGGCAGUCAUGUCCGUCUACACGUGUCUGUGUCUACGCUUGCUCAUGCUAGCCCAGCAGCUAGAGCUGGCCAUAGAGAACAACGUACACCAGCUGAACGAGGAGAUGGUGGAGCUGGUGAGCAGGCCUCUCCGGCUGGACGCGUACAGGGACGUGCUGAGCUACUGGCGCACGCGCGCGUUCCGCCGCAGCGCCCUCUACGUCGUCGGCGUCGUGCCGGUGAAGGACGUCGCGUACUACCUGCAGUACUACAGCCUGCCUGUCAUCACGGCCCUGCUUACUCCACCCCUGCAGCUGCUGCUGGCUCUCAAGCAGCAGUACUAUGACGUGCCGAGCUGACCCAGUACACGGUCACCCUAGAUAUGAUAUAGUAUAUUAUAUAUAUAUCGAUAGAUAGUCUAGAUAUAUAUA